AUGCCAUACUUGACUAUCUACUGUAAAAUGUUUAAGCGACUUCAAAAUAUGAGGUCUCCAAGGAAGAGGCAAGGUUCUGUUCCACAACGAGGGAAGGCGAAGAAGUCUCUAUUUGACUCGGACAACACUGAUGCAGAUGGCACUACACAUUCUUUUGACUCUGAUUGUACCAUACCUCUUGAGAGCCACGAUGAUCUCAGCGAUGACAACCAAAGUGCCAAGUGUUUCUCGCCAGAGAGAUCUUCUACCCCUUGCUCCUCCAAACCGGUGGCUUCAAAACCAAAACCCAGAAAUGAUGCUGAAGUGGACAGUCUGAAAGUGCAGGCCAGGCACUAUAAAACUUUAAGUGCAAUGUAUAAAAAAAAAAAUUCAAACCCCAACCAGAGCGACGUUGCUCAAGUACUAAACCUAGAGUUCAAAGCACGUCGGGCGUUCAUAGACUCAAAUGUCACGCGUGAGGAAGAGAGGCCUGCAAAAAUAUUGCAAGCCUACCCAUGCUUUAAGGACCCAAAACAUGCUAUAGAUGAGCUGUGCAGGAUUGUUGGGGGCACCAACACCAAAUACCUCCUGGAAACCAAGGAAAGAUGGUCAGAUUUUUCAAAAAAAGUCCAAUUCUUUGGAAUUUGGAAAAAGGCCAUGAAGCCUCCAUUGCCUUUGGAUGUUCAUGGAGCGGAUUUUAUGAUUGGUGUCUUGAGCGCACUCCCUUCACUUUUCUCUUCCCCAGCUGUACCCCCCAAAAAAAUGGCAAACGCUAGUGAAUCUCUGAUUCACAUACUCAAGUCUGAGGAGGACCCAGCCCUCUACUUGACAAAGCGUCCGCUAUUCACACCACUACUACUCUUCGAUGGAACAACGUGCAUAAUUGCAGUGGGCAAUGAACCAAUUUGCACCCUUCCGAAAGAGGACAUUUCUGAGGCAAUGUUGGUGAUAAUGGCCUACUACUACACAUUGCACCUUACAUAUCCAAAGUGUGUUGCAACAGUCCUCUCGGUGAUCCAGACAGAGUUAAACUGCUGA